AUGAUGGGCUCACUUAUGUUACGUGGUGGUUGUGGUAACGAUGACUCGGUUCCCGAAGUUGAGAACUGUCAUUCAGUACAUAUUGGCACGAUAUUCAAGAUAUCGCAAUAUAUUUUCAUAGAGGAAACGACUCACAAGGUUGCUGAAAACUCUUCGACAGCCCACGACCGGUUGACGGAAACUCGGGGAUUGCGCCUACCUGAUGAGCCCCAAGAAGGGCGAAACCGGUCGUGGGCUGUUGAAGAGUUUUCAGCAACCUUCGCAGAACUGUUUUUUAUUGCAUACGGUCGCUUUACGGGUACCGUACUCCCUGUAUCACGCAGUGAUCACGUGGUGGGAAACCGUUGA